GAGCCCAUCUUCUGGCUCAAAGGCAGCCCUGAUGGCAGGUGUCAUGUCCCCGUUCGGCAUUGCCAUCAUUGGAGCUGGCCUAUACUUCUACUGCAAGAAACCGGCACCACCGGCAGGCUCCGGAGGCGACGCUGGCAGCGAGAUUGAGGACAGCGACGUGGAUGACGAGGGAAGUGGCUCCGAGAAAAGCUGA